CUCGCGGCAGUAGAAGUGAAUAAGCCCGCCUACGUUGGCGUGCCGCUGUUGCGUUCAGAAAGCGGUUCAGUUUCUUUGUCACUUUCCUCACUGCCGCUGUUCACUCGGGAUCUUCUUUGCUGUCCUGUACUGUUUUCCCGGGUUGAAGCUAUACCCUCCUUACUUUGAACACCUGUUCGAUUCACCUCUCUGGCGUGUUUGUAAGCCCAACAAUACAUUAGAACUGAAUUUCACUAAGAACGUAAAGACGGUAGAAAAAAAAACGAAAAACUUCUAUUCUCCAAUAGUGUGGUUUGACCAUUCACCUGUUCUGCAAGAUUCCAUUGGAUGUGUCGUUGAUUUAAUUUUGCCUUAGUAAGAAAAACGAUUUACUUUUAUUUAAGAGACUUCCACAACACGCGGUUAACAGAUAAGAAGUUCUUGGGGUUUGUUUGUUGUUGUUACUUGGAAGAGAUAUUUUCGACUCAAAUGCGCGGAUCUGACGAGCUACUGUCUCAGGGUGCAGUCAGUAAUGGUACCGCCAUGAGCCCACAACCGAACCACGCCGACAACAACAACGAUGCCAAAAAAGUGAAACUGGAAAGAAAUCAGCACGACAAACCGUCCAGAGUGGUCCAUGUGCGGAACAUUCCAAAUGAGGCGACAGAGAUGGACGUUAUCCAUUUGGGUAUACCAUUUGGACGUGUCAGUAAUGUGUUGUUGCUGAAGGGAAAGAACCAGGCCUUCUUGGAAAUGGUGGAUGAUGCAGCUGCUAGCUCCAUGGUGGACUACUACACCAAUUCAGGUGCUCCUCUUAUUCGUGGACAAACUGUUUUUGUGCAGUUCUCCAAUCACAAGGAACUGAAGACAGACAGCACACAUUCAAAUGCUCAUGCCAGCACUCAAGCUGCAUUACAAGCUGCCCAAGCUUUAUUAAGCCAGACUGAGACACAAGGUGGUCCGAAUACAGUACUCAGGGUGAUAGUUGAUAAUCAGAUUUAUCCUGUCACACUUGAUGUGCUUUACCAGAUAUUUUCUAGAGUGGGAAAAAUCUUGAAAAUUAUUACCUUUACCAAGAACAAUACAUUCCAAGCUCUCAUACAAUACCCUGAUGUCAUAACAGCACAAGCAGCCAAACUAAGUCUUAAUGGACAGAAUAUCUAUAAUGCAUGCUGCACACUCAGAAUAGAGUACUCCAAGCUGACCAAUUUAAAUGUGAAAUACAACAAUGACAAGAGCCGAGAUUUCACAAAUCCAAACCUAAUGAGUGGUGAUCCAGCCCUAGACAUGAUGGGGAUCACAGGUAACUUAGGUUCUAUGGGAAUUCUGGCCUCUCCAUUUGGUCCAGUGCCAGGUCUUGGAUCUCCUUUAGCUGCUGCUUAUGCUGCAGGAGCUCUCGCUUUGGGUGGAUUUGCACUGCCACCUACUGCCACAUCAGCCACAGCACUGGGGCUCUCUGGACUUCGGCUACCAGGUCAGCCAAUGUUAGGUUGUGUCCUUCUUGUCAGCAACCUUAAUGAACAGAUGGUCACGCCUGAUGCUCUCUUUAUCCUUUUUGGAGUCUAUGGUGAUGUCAUACGGGUCAAAAUUCUGUUUAGUAAAAAGGACAAUGCUUUGAUACAGUUAGCAGAGCCCCAACAGGCACAAUUAGCAAUGACACACCUGGACAAAAUUAUAGUAUUUGGAAAGCAGAUCAGAGUAACACCAUCAAAACAUCAGGUUGUCCAGAUGCCAAAGGAAGGGCAGCCAGAUGCUGGAUUGACCAAAGAUUUUACUAGUUCCCCUCUUCAUCGUUUCAAAAAGCCAGGGUCGAAAAACUACCAGAACAUCUACCCUCCCACUGCCACUCUCCACUUGUCCAAUAUACCGCCUAAUAUUACUGAAGAGGAGAUCAAGGAUGCCUUUACAAAUAAAACGGGAGGUAAUGUUGUAGCCUUCAAGUUUUUCCCUAAAGACCCCAAGAUGGCUCUCAUCCAGAUGAGAUCAGUAGAAGAAGCUGUCACUGCAUUGAUAAAAAUGCACAACCACCAACUCAGUGAAUCCAACCACUUAAGAGUGUCCUUUUCCAAGUCGACAAUCUAAAUUGGAGUUUGAGGUUUUUAGAACAAAAUAGAUAAAAAGAUUGACUGACCAGCUUGCUGUCCAAAUUGCUGGAAAGGAUAUUGUUAAUAUCAUCACUGUGAUACAAGGAAGCUUGAAAGAGAAGAAGAAGAAAAAAAUCUGGAAUGAGAGUAAACCAGGAUGUUGGAGGUUAUCUGAAGAUCUGGUUUUGUAAAGUAAAUGAGCAUACCAGCACGAAUACCUCGUUGAAAUUGGAAAAAUGUAUUCUAAGUUAAUUUAAUCUAACUAACUGGUUUUUAUAAUUAGCAGUCCAUCAUCAUUACAUGGUUUAUUACAAAUUAAACUAUUUAAUUUUCUCAGAAGAUAUAGUACUUGAAUUUUAACUUUCUGAAAUAGAAAAAGUUUGAAAGUUUUACCAAUUAAGACCUUUAUAUGACAAAACAUUUGAAAUAACUGUUUUUCAUUGUGCUGUCGUUACUACAUUUUGAUAAGCUAUCUUCGUAUCACAGUCGCUUCUUUACUAUAUAAGAUUACUGUAGUGUGUGCUUGUGUUGUCUUCAAUGGACAUUUUAUAUAUAUUGUAUUUUUGCAAGCUUAUUCAAUAUAAUACUUGUAGUAGUGGUUGCAGAAUUUCAUGUUUGUAAAUCUAUUCUUGCAUAUAUUCAUCUGCUAUCAUUCUAUAAUACAUGAUGUGGGAAAGAAACCAAGUAAUGUGUUUGUUGUUAUGAAGGAUAGUAAAUAGAUUUUUUUGUGGCUCGGUUGUUUUGUGCUUCAAAUGAAAAAAAAAGGCUUUUGUAAGUUUUCAAUGUGUUGUCCAUUCUAUAACCAACUUGUAUACUUUAAGGAGAAUUAUAACUACUGUUGCUGUUUUUCUCACUUUCUAAACAUUUUUGACAAUUAUGAACUUAGUGAUAAAAAAAACAAACAGGAACUUGUUAGUUUAUUGUUAUCAGACUGUUUGAUUUUUGAAAGAAAAUUAUAUAAUUUGUUGUUAACACUAUGCAUGAAGGUAGUGUUGUGGAAAGCAGAUUUGUAAUUUCACUAUGUAAGAAGGGACCAGAAGGUUACAAAGAUAUGAAUACAAUCUUUUAUAAUUUUUUUAUUUAUUUAUAAUUGGGAUUAUGAGCGUGGAUGGUCUAUCUCCAGUAAUGAUCAUAUAGUUUUGUAGCUUAGAAAUGUUAUGACUUAAAAUGGAAUAAUUCAUAUUGUCAUUAUAAAAAUAUUAAAAAAUCAAGUUUGUUUUUACUCAAUUAUAUUUUAUUCUUAACUGAAACAGAUUAUUUGUUACACCCACAAAAUAACAGGUGGUUCUUGAAUCUCAGCUGGAUUAUCCUAUUUGACAUACAUAUCCCACAUAACAUUUUUUUUUGAACUUCUGACAAUAAAAACAGGAUUAUUUGUAUGCAUGUAAAUUUUAAUUGGUAUGUUAGGCACUUAUAGGUUUCGUAAAAAAAAAUAUUUGUUUUGGAAAUGUGCCUUUUAAAUAUUAAAAGCUUAUAUUGAUCACAAAAUGAAAAAAAAAAGUUUUAAAAUUUUUGAUGAUUGUGGAAUCUUAUUUUUGAAAAAUCUCUGCCAAAAGGUUUUGUCUUUAGAUAGUAUGAAAUUAUAAAUUUACAUGACGAGUUGAGGUCAUUUGGCAGGGUAACUAUCCGUCAUAUUUCUGUGCCUCUCAUGUUCACAGGUGCUCUUUGUUAGCACAGAACCUCUGAUGAUCUGAGCUUUUUUCAUAUCAUGUUGUAAUGUAAAUGUUAAGGAUGAAGAAAAUUUUUUACAGUACCUCAUUGUAUUUGGGUUGAGCUGUUUUUAGCUAUGAUCUAACUGUAACAACACACAUAAGUACAUACAUAUAUAUAUAUAAUUUUUUUUUUUAUGUAGGAUCUGGCUGUAAUAGUACAUUUCCAGUAGUAGUAUUAAUAAUGUAUGUCAUUCAGAACUAAUAAUAGUAAAAUGAAAUAUUGUGUGCUUUUCUUGACUAAUGUUUUUUUUGUUUGUUUUUUUUUCAUAAAACACAAUCUACAAAUGAUAAUUUACCCAAGAAAGUGCAUUUAUUUUAUUACAUAAAUAUGAAGUUCUAAAAACUAUCGGAUGCUGCACUCUAUUCAGUAUUGUAUUUAUAUUUGUUUGUUUUUCUCCUGAAAAAAAUAUAAUUGUGUAACACAUUUGAAGGACAGUCAAGUCAACUGUCCAGAUAUGGCUGAUAUACUGUGAUUUUUUUUUCUAAUCCUAUUACUUCUGUCUUUGUUGUUGUGAAAUAAUGACAACUUUUGUUGGAAAUUUCAGUCUUUCUUAAACUUUCACUUUGUGGUGGUAGCGUUCCUGUGAACUUGCACCUUUCCUGUGUAAUGAUAUUUUUCUGUGCAUUUUUACAGUGAAUGAUAUUAAAACUUCUUGAAAAACAUC